UCAACGUCCCCUCGCCCCACCAUCAGCUCGGCGUUAGCUGAAACAAGCUUUACCGCACUACUCUAACAGCAGCUCCCCUUUCCAUUCCCCCUCACCAAAUCGCCUCUUCCUCAAUAACCCAAGCUUCUCCAAACUUUCCAGAGUUUCUCACCUAUAGCUAAGCACUCCGGCACCAUGCCACCUCCCAAACUCCCUUUCAGCAGCAGCAACCUCCUCCUCCCAUGCCUCAUCCUCCUCAUCUUCUGGGCCCGGCCGACCGCCGCCUUUGGCGCGGGAAACAUCGCGUCGAUGGCGAAGAUUGAGGGGCAGAACUGGAGACACGGGGAUAUCGAGGAUACGCUGCUGACUUUGCUGAUUUCCUCGAGGACGGGGAAGAAGUUUAGUAAGAUGGACGUCAAGAGGGUUUAUUUUGGGAAUUGGCUGAGGGACUAUUCGCAGGCUGUUGAUGUUGGAACCGUCAAGUUUGUCUCUGCGGAGGCUAUUCGUAUCUUGCUUUGGGUCUUGGGCUUCUUGAGCUUUGGCUACGGAACCAAGGAAUUUGAAGUCACACGAGAGCGUCUCGGCUGCUACAGACCGGAGGAGCACAUCGACAAUCCGAAGGACUAUGCCGAUAAUGUCGAUGCCCGCCAAUAUGAUCGUCGCCUGCGUGGACCCGUGGACGAGAGACGCGAACUGAGUGUCGACGAACGGAAUGGACUGAAGAAUUAUAUCGCAUCGGAAGACCUUGGUAUUACCACCUCUGCAGGCAUGGUCCGGAACCUGCUUCGUCAAUGUAUCGACCUUGGACGCCGCUCUGGAGGACGUGGCCCUGACUUCUACGAGGCUCUGCGACUCCUUGGGACCGCUUGCCACUGUCUGGAGGACUACUCGGCCCACUCCAACUACACUGAGCUUGCACUGAUUGAGCUGGGCGAGCAUAAUGUCUUUCCCCAUGUGGGCCGCAAUGCCCAGUUCCGUGUGCAGGGCGCUCGUGGUCCUGUCUAUCCUGUUGUCACCGGUACUUUUGGUGGUGUCGACUUCUUGCACAGCGUUAUGGGAGAGCUCUCUGAUAAAGCUACCCAAUCGGAAAUUCAAGAGCUCGAGGGUGCCAUUUCCGAUGCCGGCAGGAAGAAGAAUAAAAGCCAGAUCAAAGAACUCCUCGCCCAACUGCCUGAGGGUGUCUUUGGCGGGAAAGACGAAGCUGGCAAAGCUGAUGAACUCGAAAACAACGCCAGCGCUGCCGCUAUGGGCAACAUGCACAUCAGCCCGAAAGAGCCUGAGGCCUUCACCCAGCAGUUGGACGAACUCGUCAAGCAGAUCUAUCCUAUCAUGGAGUUCCAUGACGAGGUUAUGCAGGGCAUUUCCGAGUUCAUCGAGAAGAUCCCCAUUCUGCCCGAGCUUCUCGAAAACCUUCAGGAGCAGCUGAACGUCUUCGUUUUCAGCCUUCUCGCUCCCUAUGUUCUCCCCAUCAUCGACCAGGUUAAGACGGAGUUGGAGACUGGCUCUUCGGAAGUCAUCCAGAGCUCUCGCCAGGCGCAGCACAUCGUCUUCAACGAUGACUACUCCACCGACCCCACGCACAGCAUGUUGUCCAAGGACCAUUUCAGCAACGUGCUCAACGAACCUGCCGGACGCGUCGCAUCUGAAGUCCUGAAGUGGGCCGUCCCGCAGAUUGUGCAGUGCUGGGACGAUGAACGUGUUGAUGCUGAGCGCACCAUCCAUCGCAUCAUCAAUGGAGUGUUCCACCACCCUGCGCUUUACCGCUAUGGGGAAGAUGGGGCUGCUGAGGGCCGCGCCAUCAUGUUCCGCACCGUGGAGAACUGGUGGAAUAGCCUCUCUGAGCGUGCCAAAGACGACCUGCGCGACAAGCUGAGCCGCGACGGCGUGCAGAACGGACGUAACCACAAGCCGGGCGUACACGAUAAGGGCCACGGCUGCGGCAAGCCUCUCGGUAUGGCGAACUCCUUCUCCGGCAUGACUGGUGGGAAGGGCGGGAAGAACGACCCCUUCCAGAAGGUCAGCAAAGAGGCUGGCAAGAUUGCCGGUGAGGCGGUCGGCGGGGGUGCCAUUGGCGGUAUCGUCGGUGGGCUUGUUGGGGCCAUUGGAGGAAGCCUUCUAGGCGAUGCAUUCGGCGGCGAGGAGAAGAAGAGUAAGAAGAGCGAGAAGUAUGGAGAGGAAGGGUCGUAUACCCAGUCGUACUCGGAGUCGGGACAUCAUAAGAAGAAGUCCCGGGAUGAUUCGGAGCGAUACGGCCAGGCGGAGUAUCGCGAGACGCAGUAUCCGAGUGGUGGGCGUAAGGAGGAGUUUUCGAGAUAUGAGCGCGACGAGAGAGCGGGCUCGUACGGGUAUCAGCAGACGGUCGAGACGACGGGGUAUGCCGGAUCUGGAGGAUAUGAGAGGCAUGAAGAGCGCAGGUAUGAGCGUGGUGACGAGUGGCGAUCGGAAGACAAGCGCGAGGGAUUCGAUGGUCGUGGGGAGUACUACAAGGAGGAGAAGAAGAAACACGGCAAGAAGGACAAGUAUGGCCGCGAGUACUCUGAAGAAGAAGAGUCCAACGACGAAGACGACUACGAGAAGCGCCGCAAGAAAGAGCAGAAGAAGCGCGAGAAGGAAGAGAAGAAGAAGUACAAGAAGCAAGACGAGGACUCGGACGACGAGUAUAACCGUCGUGGUGGCGGCGGAAGUGGUGGAUAUGGCGGCGACUAUGGUCGUCGUAGGUCCCGCUCGAGGUCCAAGGAGCGCAAGAAGAAGAGUCCGAGCCCGAGGAGGAGGUCGGGUGAGUACUCAGGUGGAUAUGGAGGGCAGAGGAGUGGAGGGUAUCAGAGUGCGUAUGGGGAGGAGAGGAGGUACGGUGAGGGCCAGGGUGGUGGUUAUGGGGGCGGAUAUAGCGGUGGCCGUGAGGAAUAUGGGCGUGAAGAAUAUGGAAGUGGACGGCAGGAGUAUGGUUCCGGUGGUUAUGGCUCGGGAGGUGGAGGGUAUGGAGCGUCUGGUGGUUAUGGCGCUGGUGGUGGGUACCAGGAGGAGUCGUAUGGUGGGGAGCGGCGCCGCGACGAAGAUGAAUACGGCGGCUCUGGAGGGUAUGGGUCGGGCUAUCAGCAAGGUGGAGGGUAUGGUGGCGGUGGGGAUUACGAGUACGAGAGGAGGUAUUAGGGAUCAAAUGGUCGGAGUCGGGGCGGUUCCUGAGUGACCUGCGCACCUCUGUCUGCCCUGUGGGCAUGAGACGAUGAUCUCAGGUUAUUUAGCCAGCGAGUCUGCGAGCGGGUAAGGCAACUGAAUGGGAAUUUCCUUCUUCAUGGUCCGUCAGGGGAAUUAAUUGGCUCGAUUCUCUCAUGACGGUUCAGAGUGACGGCAUUUGUCAAUUGGUUCGUAACAUGAAUGUGCCAUAUGCUGAUAUAUGCGUGAGUGAUGGAGGCUAUAGCUUUUACAU